CUUUUGUUUUGCCUGGCUGCCAGAGGGGCAGGCGGGAAUUUGGCUGCCCGGAAAGCUGCCGGGAACCCUUUCUGCCACAAUUAAGCACCUGCUACAAGAGAGCAAAUAAGCCAAAUCAUGCGGCUGGCAAACAAGCUUUACGUGUUCCUUCCCCGUGACCCACUCCAAGGAGCAGAAAGCUCCAGGCUCCGCGGCUCGGCUGCCGCAGCUCCCGGGGCAGCGAUUCCAUAGGAAUUCCGGGAGCUGCCUCCAAACCCAAAAAGGGCUUUCCCCUCCCCACAUUAGCGGCUCCAUCUCCUUCUGCUAUGGAGAGACAGAUCCCCGUGCUGCGAGUUCGGUCCCAAUUAAUGGAUUCUGACAUGGAUUAUGAGAGGCCAAACGUAGAAACCAUCAAGUGCGUCGUGGUCGGGGACAACGCGGUGGGCAAGACCCGGCUCAUCUGUGCCCGUGCCUGCAACGCCACCUUGACCCAGUACCAGCUCCUCGCCACCCACGUGCCCACGGUGUGGGCCAUCGACCAGUACCGCGUCUGCCAGGAGGUGCUGGAGCGCUCCCGGGAUGUGGUAGAUGAUGUCAGCGUGUCCUUGCGCCUCUGGGACACCUUUGGUGACCACCACAAGGACAGGCGCUUUGCCUACGGCAGGUCCGACGUCGUGGUUUUGUGCUUCUCCAUCGCCAACCCCAACUCCCUGCACCAUGUGAAGACCAUGUGGUACCCGGAGAUCAAACACUUCUGCCCCCGCGCCCCCGUCAUCCUGGUGGGCUGCCAGCUCGACCUGCGCUACGCCGACCUGGAGGCCGUCAACCGGGCACGGCGACCCCUGGCCAGGCCAAUUAAACCUAACGAGAUCCUUCCCCCGGAGAAGGGCAGGGAGGUGGCCAAGGAGCUGGGGAUCCCUUAUUACGAGACGAGCGUGGUGGCCCAGUUCGGCGUCAAGGACGUCUUUGACAAUGCCAUCCGUGCCGCCCUCAUCUCCCGCCGCCACCUGCAGUUCUGGAAGUCCCACCUGCGCAACGUGCAGCGGCCCCUGCUCCAAGCCCCCUUCCUGCCCCCCAAGCCCCCUCCUCCCAUCAUCAUCGUCCCGGACCCCCCUUCCAACAACGAGGAGCGUCCGGCCCACCUCCUGGAGGACCCCCUGUGCGCGGACGUCAUCCUGGUGCUGCAAGAGAAGAUCAAAAUCUACGCACACAAGAUCUACCUCUCCACCUCCUCCUCCAAGUUCUACGACCUGUUCCUCAUGGACCUGAGCGAGGAGGACCAGCAGAGCGGGGGCACGGGGCACGGCUUCGGGGCGGCGGCCGUCACGGCGGCGGCCGAGCGGGUGCUGCACCAGGAGGAGAGGCACCACGGGCGGGAUUUCCUCCUCAGGGCCGCCAGCUUCGACAUCUGCGAGAGCGCCGAGGAGGCCGGACCCGGCCAGCGCAAACCGUGCCUUAGAGCCUCCACCAGUGACGGCAUCCUGCGCGGCGACCGCUACGAGAACGGCGAGCGCGGGCUGCGGCGCGGCCGGAACCUCUCCUCGUGGAGCAGGGCCUUCACCAGCAUCCAGGAGGAGAUGGCCGAGGACCCGCUGACCUACAAGUCCAAGCUGAUGGUGGUGGUGAAGAUGGACGCGUCCAUCCAGCCGGGGCCUUUCCGGGCCGUGCUGAAGUACCUGUACACGGGCGAGCUGGACGAGAACGAGCGGGACCUGAUGCACAUCGCCCACAUCGCCGAGCUGCUCGAGGUGUUCGACCUGCGCAUGAUGGUGGCCAACAUCCUCAACAACGAGGCGUUCAUGAACCAGGAGAUCACCAAAGCCUUCCACGUCCGGAGGACCAACCGCGUGAAGGAAUGCCUGGCCAAGGGGACUUUCUCGGAUGUCACCUUCGUGCUGGAUGACGGUGCUAUCAGUGCCCACAAGCCCCUGCUCAUCUCCAGCUGCGACUGGAUGGCCGCGAUGUUCGGCGGCCCCUUCGUGGAGAGCUCCACCAACGAGGUGGCACUCCCUCACACCAGCAAGAGCUGCAUGCGGGCGGUGCUGGAGUACCUGUACACGGGGCAGUUCAGCUCCAGCCCCGACCUGGACGACAUGAAGCUCAUCAUCCUCGCCAACCGCCUCUGCCUGCCGCACCUGGUGGCUCUCACAGAGCAGUACACGGUCACCGGGCUGAUGGAGGCGGCGCAGAUGAUGGUGGACAUCGAUGGGGACGUGCUCGUGUUCCUGGAGCUGGCUCAGUUCCACUGCGCCUACCAGCUGGCCGACUGGUGCCUGCACCACAUCUGCACCAACUACAACAACGUCUGCCGCAAGUUCCCCCGCGACAUGAAGGCCAUGUCGGGAGAGAACCAGGAGUACUUCGAGAAGCACCGCUGGCCGCCGGUGUGGUACCUGAAGGAGGAGGAUCACUACCAGCGGGCGAAGAAGGAGCGGGAGAAGGAAGACUACCUCCACCUCAAACGGCAGCCCAAGAGGCGCUGGCUCUUCUGGAACGCCUCCUCCUCCCCUUCUUCCUCUCCUUCAUCGUCGGCAGCCACAGCCUCCUCUUCCUCCUCCUCCUCCUCCUCCUCGGCUGUGGUUUGAGAGCCCCGGAGGAGACGGGGAGCAGGAGGAGGAGGAGGAGGAGGAGGAGGAAGGGUGGAUGCCCUGCCCCAGCGCCUGAGGAGCAGCUCUGGCCCCGCACGGAGGGGCGGCCGCUGGGCCGGAGGAAGGGUGGGAUCCCUGCCCUGCUCUCCCCGCGGCAGGAGCGGCGCAGCCCGAGCAGCAGCAGCAGCAGGAACUGGCGUCUACAGCAGCACCAGGGCUGUGCUGUGGUUUCAUCUCAUGGGGAAUUCCUGUUGGAAAUCGGUUUUGUUUUCUGGAGCAUCGUCAGCAUGAGGAGGAGGAAGGUGAAGAUAAAAGAAGAAACGCAUCCAGCUUCCACUUUGAUUUGGAACCAGAAGCUCUGGGAUGUGGUUGGGGUGUCUGAUUGCAUCUCACCACCUGGAGCCACCGUGGGGGUCCUGCCACCCCCCUGGACUCGCAGCAGGGUCAGGCACAGGGCAGGGGACCCCGGUCCCCAAACGCCUCCAGGCACUGCAGGAUUUCCCCUGCACGUGGGGUCUGUCCUAAUUCAGGGCAUGGAGAGGACCAGAGUCCUCUCCUCCCUGUUCUUAACUCUCCAGUUUUGUUUAGACAGAAACUUACAGCAAAAAAAAGCCCCAAACCCACACCCACUCCCUCAGUCUGCCACACCAGAAACCAACCCCGAGCCCUGGGCUGGGGAUUUUAGCCUGGAAGGCUCCAUUGUAAUAAAUGGUAUUUUAAAAGCCCGGCGUGGUCCCUGUGUGUGUGGGAGGAGCAGCUGGACAGGCACACACGCCUGUGCCAGGCCGGGGUGAUGCCAUCCCCGCCUUGCAGCGCUCCUGGGACGGGCAGGGACAGCCGGGCCUGGCAGGACCCACCCCUGGUGCAUUUCCAUCGGACUGACUCUGCCUGUCCCUCCUGCAGGGCUGCCAGGGCUGCCGACCUCCUCGCCCUCCCCAGCUGCCAUGGGGAAAGCUCCCUGGAGCCCAUCCCUGCCGAGGCUGCUGCUGGAGGAGCGCUGGGGGUGCUCCUGGUGGCUCCCAUCCCACCCCGCUCUGCUCCUCUGGCCCCUGGAGCCUCCCCUGUGCAUGGCCGCCCUCAGCAGGAGCCAGGGGGCUCCUCACCCUCGGCAGCCCCGGGCAGCAGGGAGGAGCACGACUUUCUGUCCUUUCCACACAACCUGGGCACUCACCGCUGCUUCCGAGUCCUGUUUGC